AUAUUGCCUGCAGUGCCUCUGGGACAGCUUGAAGACCGUUCAUUUUUAAGUGGCAAGAGACUCCCUCAUCUGCAGAACCACAGAAACAAUUGUGCUUUCAGUAUGUUUGCAUUCAGCCAAGCAGCUUACUUCAUUUGCUUGUUUGGUACAGUUUUUUGUGGAUGCCUGACUCAAUGGUACAAGAAUACUUUCUUCAGAGGUGGAGAUGUAACUGCCAUGUUCACCCCCGAUGCCCAGUACUGUCAGAUGAUGUGCACCUUCCACCCCAGGUGCUUGUUGUUCAGCUUUUUUCCAGCAAGUUCAACUAAUGACAUCACCAAAAGGUUUGGUUGUUUCUUGAAAGACAGUGUUACAGGAACUCUACCAAGAGUGCAUCGGACAAAUGCAGUUUCUGGACAUUCCUUAAAGCAAUGUGGCCAUCUAAUAAGUGCUUGCCAUCGAGAUGUUUACGAAGGAAUGGAUAUGAGAGGAGUAAAUUUUAAUGUAUCUAAGGUCAAGAGUGUUGAAGAAUGCCAAAAAUUGUGCACCAACAAUAUUCAUUGCCAAUUUUUCACAUAUGCCACACAAAUGUUCGGAAAUGCAAGGUACCGGAACGACUGCCUAUUAAAACAAAGUACAACAGGAACACCAACCAGUAUCAAGAUGGUGAAUAACGUGAUAUCUGGAUUCUCACUGAAGCCCUGUGCACUUUCAGAAUUUGGUUGUCGCAUGAACCUUUUCCAGCACACUGCGUUUUCAGACACAGAUGUGGCCAGAGUCAUCACCCCAGACGCCUUUGUAUGUCGAACCAUCUGCACGUACCACCCCAGAUGCCUCUUCUUUACAUUUCAUACGAAUGCGUGGAAUACAGAAUCCCAAAGAAAUGUUUGUUUCCUUAAGACUUCUCAAAGUGGAACACCAAGUUCCUUUACUCCUCAAGAAAAAACAAUAUCUGGAUACAGCCUUUCCACCUGCAAGAAAACUUUCCCUGAACCCUGCCUCUCCAAAAUUUACUCUGGAGUUGACUUCCAUGGGGAAGAAUUGAAUGUGACCUUCGUGAAGGGAGAAAGUGUUUGCCAAGAGACUUGUACGAAGACAAUCCGUUGUCAGUUUUUUACUUACUCUUUACUCCCAGAAGACUGUAAGGGAGAGAAGUGCAAGUGUUUUUUAAGAUUGUCUUCAGAUGGUUCCCCAACCAGGAUUACAUAUGGGGUACAAGGGAGCGCUGGCUAUUCUUUGAGAUUGUGUAAAACUGAAGACAGCUCUGUGUGCACAACAAAAAUAGAUGCACGAAUCGUGGGAGGAGCGAACUCUUCUCGGGGCGAGUGGCCCUGGCAGGUCAGCUUGCAGGUGAAACUGACCAGUCAGAGUCACCUGUGUGGAGGGUCUAUCAUCGCACCCCAGUGGGUCCUGACUGCUGCUCACUGCUUUGACGGAAUUCCUUUCUCAGAUGUUUGGCGUGUUUAUGGAGGCAUUUUAUUUCUCUCAGAGAUCACAAAAGAAACUUCUUUCUCACACAUAAAACAACUUAUUAUCCACGAGAAAUACAAAGUCUCAGAAACUGGUAAUGACAUUGCCUUAAUAAAACUUCAGUCGCCCUUGAAUUUUACUGAAUUCCAAAAACCAAUAUGCCUACCCUCCAAAGAGGAUAAUACAGUUUAUACCAACUGCUGGGUAACUGGAUGGGGCUUCAAUAAGGAAAAAGGUGAACUCCAAAAUGUUCUACAAAAGGUGAAUAUACCUUUGGUAACAAAUGAAGAAUGCCAGAAAAGAUACAGAGAUUAUGUCAUAACAAAACAGAUGAUCUGCGCUGGCCACAAGGAAGGGGGUAAAGAUGCUUGUAAGGGAGACUCUGGCGGCCCCUUAGUCUGUAAACACAAUGGAAUAUGGCGGUUAGUGGGCAUCACCAGUUGGGGUGAAGGCUGUGCCCGCAAGGAACAACCAGGUGUCUACACAAAAGUUUCUGAAUAUGUGGACUGGAUUUUACAGAAGACUCAGAAAGGUGAUGGGAAUGUUUUAAUGGCACCGUCAGCAUGAAGAAGCUGUCUAGUGAAGAAAAGCCCAGCCUGUAGCAGUAGUUUACAGUCUGGGUUCAAGUCAGUGAGCCUUGGAGUCCUUGUCUGUAAAAUCUAAAGAAUGGAUCUACUUCGAGUCCUUGUCAUAAAGAUAAAAACAUACGUAGCUGGUAAGGACAGUGCCCUGCUGAGUUGUGCUGGUAGCAUUCAGUAACCAGGAGCUCAUAAUGAAGAACAGCGGAAGCACUUUGGAAUUGUGUGUUGUAAAAUAAAGUGGAAAAAGAGCAUAUUAGAAGUAUUUCCCUCUGGCUGUGAAACAAAACUGAAAACAAGUGACUCUGGAUUCUAGCUCAUUGUUCGCUAGAACUUAACUCUUCCCGCUAUGCUUGGGGUGAGAAUCCAGGAAGUUUGGGUGCUGUCCAGUGAAAGAAAGAAAUCUAAUAUUGUCUUUUACAAUAAAAAGAUGGAUUAUCUGAUCUUGGGAGAAUAGGACACCUUUCCAUUCAAGCUGCUUGCGUUUGUUCUUGAAUCUUGAAGCAAGGGUCUAGGCUGUGUGUACAGAGGACACCUGUAAGGCUGCACUUUCCUGGUUGCAGAUUCUGCAGUAGAUUCAUUGCAGAGCUUUCAGGGAGCACAAAGAAUCUGCUUUGCAAAGAACAUUAGCUCAGAAGGCUCAGUGGAUACUGAGUUGUGCAAUGGUAAUGCAAAACCAUUGCUAGGUAUAAAGUAUUGCAUAAAAUUUGAUCUUGUAAAGUUAUGGUAGUAAGUAGUAGCUGUUAGCCUUGGAAUGGAAGAUAUGAAUUGUAUACAGUGCAAAUUGCAAACUCACCAGUGAUUACCACAAUUGAGCACAGGCAGUUUGAUUUAGUUCAGUUAAACUGAUUAACGUGUACACAAGAUCUACCAGUGACAAACUAUUGUGUAAGUGAAGUGGAAAAAUAAGAAGUAGAGUUUUCUAAAAGAUUAAAUUUUCUUCCAUAUGCCAAGAUACAUUGAGUGGUAGAAAGGAAUUAAGAGGAGGAGGCUAACGGAAAACCAGGAGGUCCUGGUUACCCACAGCCCAUGCCAUUGGAGGCUGAGGAGGUAAGAAUUAUUCCAAAAGCAAUGGCUUUUCUAAAAUCUGGCUAGGUUGCAUGAACUGUUUUUCUAAAAGCACACAAUUACAAUGUCUACUUUUAGAUUCAAUAAAGAUUUUAGUGUUGUUA